AAAGGGUCAAACUCGAAAAAAAACAAAAACCUUGGGAAAAAAGUAGCGGCAGCCUCGUACGUCCCCUCCGUUUUAUGGGACGACAGCAACAUUAACAAACCCCAAAACAUAGUUCCUAUUAUUCAUUAAAACCUUCUGCUCCCAACAAUCUUUGCUCUUUUUGCUGAAUCCUGCCUUUUGUUUCUAGGUCAUUGCAAAGCAAAUUUGAUUGGGAACCACCAGAGAUAACCAUGUCUUCAUCUUUUCCUGUUCUUCCUACAUCUGCAGCGCAGGCUUCAUCAAUAAACUCCAACAUCAGAAGUGUUGGUCACAUGUUCUCAACCCCUGCUGAUUUCCCUGAUGAUGGCGUGCCAUUUCCCACCGCUUCCGAAAUCCAUUCAACAACACAAGCUUCUCAGCCGCUGCGACAAAUUGAUGAUGUUUCCUGGGGAGCGGAUCUGUUCGACAAUAUUCUUCUGUUUCCUGAUAAUAACAACGCUCCUUUCCAGAAUGAUCAUACAGUAUAUAGUGCUCCAUACACAUCCAGUGAUAAUCCAAAGGCUGUUGAUUUUGAGUGGGUUGAUCCCUUCAUGUCUGAUGAUGAUCCUCUUCAGCUGAAUUGGAACCAGUUUGUCAGUGAUACCAAUGUAGCAGAGCCAAAACCAAAGGAAAGUCAGUUAUCAAUACAGCAGCAAGUGCCACCUGUUGAAGCUAACGGUCUUCCAGACUCUGUCUCAACCGCACCCCAAACUAAGCAAAGAAUGCGUUGGACUCCGGAGCUUCAUGAGGCCUUUGUGGAGGCAGUGAAUCAGCUUGGUGGUAGUGAGAAGGCUACUCCAAAGGGAGUCUUGAACCUAAUGAGAGUUGAAGGCCUUACCAUAUAUCAUGUGAAAAGCCACCUUCAGAAAUAUAGAACUGCCCGAUACAAACCUGAGCCAUCAGAAGGAGCUCCUGAGAAAAAGUUGACGGAUUCAAUUGAAGAAAUGAAGCCUCUAGACUUAAAAACGAGUAAGGGGAUAACUGAAGCAUUGAGAUUGCAGAUGGAACUUCAAAAGCGGCUUCAUGAACAACUUGAGAUACAAAGAAAGUUGCAGAUUCAAAUUGAAGACCAAGGGAAGCGUCUUCAGAUGAUGUUUGAGAAACAGAUAGAGGGCUCGUCCUCUGCUCCACUAUCAAGCACGGGGCUACAUACAAAUGAAAAUUCAGAACCCCAGAACGACGACAAUGAUAAACAGGAACCCGGAGACGAGCAGUUGAUUGCGCCUCCCCCAAAACGGGUUAAAAGUUUAUGAAAGUUAGAACUACUUGUUUUUCUUCGAACUUUUGAAGGUCUUAGUGUUAAUGAUUGUAGGGGGAUAACGUGAUGGUAACUUUCCCGUUCUGCUUGUGACUUUGGAUUCUUGAAUCAGUAAUUUGGUUUCAACAUUAUGAUUGGUUACUUGAUCUGGGGUGAAUUUAGCAAUUGGAAAAAUUUUACCUAAGAGAUUUGUUGUAUAUUCUUGGAAUAUUUAAUAGUAACUUCUAGAAUCAUUAUUGGGUUUCAACUAGAAUCAUUACCGAGUUAUGUA